UCUCGUGUGAAAACUACCGCAGCGCCUGUUCGUCCUGAGCGUGAAAGCUGCGUUGGUGCCGCCUCCUUGGUCCAAGCCGAGAGUUGCGCUCCGGCGGGGUUGCUCUAGGGUGGAGGAUACGGCGUGAGGCUAGCUUCACAAUACGGUGGUCACGCACGGUUGUAACUCGAGUGAGGGCGCAUGAGUUGGUGGGACCGCAUACUGGUCGGGUUCGGCGAGGUUGAAGGUGCACUUGACGGACUGCCCUGUUCCAAGCCGUGAGUUGUCUCAGGGCACCCGGCCGAAGGGCUGGUUAUUAUGUUACUUAAAAUGGAGGGGACCGCGUGAGGCUGGUUUCACAGAGCAGCGUACACCUCCCGAUCUCGGCAGUGGAAGGAUAACAAGCCGUUGCUCCCCUCCCUUGCUUACCCGAGCCUGACCCCAAUCCUUUUGGGUAACUUCGUGCCACUCAGAGAGCGGCGGGAACUUUUCCCUGUCAAGCAGGGAGCUGGCAAAACCAGUGACCGGAGCUUUUCUUGUCGGCAUUAGAGAAAACAGGUCACCCACUGCUCACAGGUGAGUUUUGGAUUUUUGGGUUUCCCUGAUCUCUGGCUACACUCGAGUGACUGCCGUUUGCUGAGACAAGGGUAAACAGACAGAGAGAAAAUUUUCUUGAAAUCAGACGCGUCUUCCUCUGUGCUCAAGCCCAAAUCACUUCUCUGCCAUCAUCAGGAGGAAGACGCCAGGGUUCCUAACGUUUGGUGUUGGCUGCUCAUCGGCAGAGAAGGCAGGAGCAGAGGAGUCGAGGUUUACAAGAAAGUGGGUCAUUAAAAAAAUGUGAGAAUGACAAGAACCACAAGCCCUAACGCUUUCUGCCCCUUUGUGAACAAAUUUUCGUCACUCAGUUUUAAAGUUUGAGGGCCAAAAAAAAUGCCAGACAAGGCAACAGGGACGAAGCAAAUCAUACUAAUCACGGAGGAUUUCUCAUCUGUAACAGAGGGUUUUCAAAAAAGAAGGAACUCUCAAACAAGCAGAAAUCUCCCUAUGUUGGUUCAGCAAGAUCUCCAGCGUCCUCUGUGAAGAACAGCAAACAAGAGCAAGAGGAAGAGGAAGAGAGAGAAGAUAAGUCAGUUUUAUUUUGGGGUUUUCUUCCAAAGGGCUUCUCACGGAUUAUCAUCUUGAGAGUUUGCUAGGAAUUUAAAGCCCAGCCCUUUAGGUUUUCCCCAACCCUAGCUACGGUUACGUGGGAGAUUCUUUAGGAGAUAUUGUAGGAGUACUUUUAGAUUCGGAUAGGGCUCAAUGGCCACUAUCCAACAAAAAGAUCCUGCACCAGCCAUCAAAACUUAGUUCUUCUUGUCGCUGUCCUUCUGUUGUCUGUCCAUUGUGCUGAAAAGAUCCUGCACCAGCCAUCAAAACUUAGAAGAAGAAGAAGAAGAAAAGGAAGAAGAAGAAGACCAAGAAAAAGAAAAAGAAAGAACAAAUGAGAGAGAGUACCUUGAGAAGGAAAGCUGCGGACGGGUCGAACCAUUUUGGAAGUUUGCCUCCUAAAUUUUGGUAUGACCAAAUGAAACUGCCGGCCUUCAAUGCGAUAAUUUGGCAUCAAUGCGAGCAGAGAUGAUGCUGAAGCGGCAUGGAUUCCUAUGAAAUGGGAUUUUGAAGAAGCCUUUCAGAUGGGUCUUCCUGGGCAUGACAUGGCUGUUGCUCUUGUGAAUCAUGCACCUCUAGAUCUUGGUUCUCAGCCUCCUCUGAGACAGGAUACAUGUGCCCCUCUGGUUUCAGGCACAGAUUCCUUCUUGUGUAAAAGGAAUUGCGAUGUUCCCUCAAAUUCUCCCGUCGGUUCAGCUUGCAUGAAUUUACCUUCUCGAGGCCGGAGCAAGUCUAUUCGGAUUCAUACGCUAAGCAAUAGAAAUACCGAUACUUUCUUUCGACCUGACGGUGCUCUGAACUGCAAAGAUUGGCCUGCUUUUAACAAUUGGGUAUGCUCGUCUCCGGGUUGCAUAUCUCCUUCAUUUCUGUUAUUCGAUGAAUUGCGUGGUAGUGGCAGCAGCAGUAGGCUAAAAGAAAAUGCUUGCUCAAGUUCUUCUACAACCAAUACAUUCUGUACGUCGAGUCUGUCAGUUCGAACUAAUGGGUUGCGAACGUUGAGAUGUCAUGCUGCAGAUAUAGAAGCAAGGCAUGAGGAUGAACCAUUCAUUGGCUUCACUGAAGAGGCCUGGUCAUCAUCGUCUGGGUGCUUGUCCCCUUCCUUUAUCUGUUUUGAUGAGCUUCGCACCAGAGAUGCCACCUUUGGUAAAUCUCUUGGCAUGUGGGAAGUGCAGGUUGAUCCUUUGUUCUCUCAGAUACUAUCAUCAUAUGAAAUUCUAGAGAAUUCUUAUUUUUCGGUGUCAAAACCCUUAGAUGAGGAGGCUCUCGUUCUUCUAAGAAAGUUAGCAUCCCUUCAUCUUGGAACAAGAUCUGAUGCAUUCUUGGAGGUCAGAAAAGUCCAGAGAGUAAAUUCCGUUGAUGGCAAGGAAGGUUGUGCUUCUCUUCUUUCUUCAGAGCUCACUGGUUCAGGGAAUCCUUCUCUGAGUGGCAGGACAUCUUUCACUGGUUCGCUUCCACAAAACCCAUUACCAGCUAUAGAUGAGGUUCCCUUCCCCACAGGUUUGGACAAUCUUGAAGGCCUUGAAGAUGAUGGACCUCUCUUCUGGCCUUUCGAUCAAAACUGCCUCAGAUAUGAUGAGCUAAACUGGGACUUGUGUAUCUCUCCAUCUCGUAGGAACAGAGUUGAUGCUUGCGUGACUCCAACAUUCAGACAUGGGAAGAAUACCAACUUGCAACUUCGUAGAAGUGCCAUUCAGAAUAGCAGGAGAAAAAACCAAGCUUGUAGACCUCAUGAUCACUCUGUUUUCGACUAUGAUUCAACGAAGGAAGGCAGACCCACUUCAAGUCCAAAUGUGCUUGCAAAAAUACGGACCAGAGCUAGUAUCCGCAAUGAGGAAGAUAAAAUGGCUGCGGAUAAACAAACAUGUUCUGGUUAUUCUCUCCUCAAGACGAAAAAUGGAGUGAAAUCUCGCCUUGGAGUUCAGUAAUCAUGCCAUGACCAAAAUAGCUUUUGUAAUGUUUCAACUGAUGGAAGCUGCAUGGACAAACCACGAGAACAUUCCAGUGGUGAUUUGAGACGUGCGGGCGAGCAUGUUGGUCAAUUACUUGAACUUUCAGUCGAAGACAGUCAAGUGCUCGUACAGAUCAUCUUUUGGCCUAUCCAGGAGUCCAUGUCUGUUGAGGCAUUGGUGGGCAUGGAAGAAUUUGAUGGGCAUGAAGGCAUCCCCACUGAACUAAUAGGGAAUCAAUUUUCUCCAGAAGAUUUCACCAGAGAACCUGUGAGUUCAGCAUUAUAAAGCUGCAGUUUCGAUAAGUGAAUCUAAUGGUUAUAGUAAGAGCUGACCAAAGAUUUCUCAACAUCAUCUUUGGUCUACCAUCUUUUCUACUUCUGGGGAUGCUGGUACAAUGUUCAGGAAACUCGUGCAAUGUGGGCCGCCUCUAGUGAGUGUUUGUUUCAUCGUCGGAAAAUGUAUUUGGAAAGACUUACACCGAGAUAUUUGGAGUUAUUUA